UUCGCCAUUAUUUUUUUUGCCUCUACUAGACUUACUCUCUACAACAAACUACCCUAUUUCUAGUAUAUAAUUUGAGAGCUUCACAGCUAAGCUUUCCUUCAUUUAAUAUCAUUCUUUAUACUUUUUAAUUGGGGUAACUUGCCUUGUAAAAAAUUUUGGGAUCAAUUCUUUUGAUAUAUUGAAUUUUUGAAAAAUGGCUAGGGGAAGACGUGCAAAUCAACGCGAUACCGAUUUGGACUUAGAAAACAAUCAAGGUGAGAUUGAAGCUGUAAAACCAGCUCCUAAGCCAAAAACGAAGAAGAACAAAAAGUCUGCCAAGAAGGCAGAAGUUUUUUCUGAUGAAGAAUCUGACUCCAAUUCCGAUGUUAAGCAAAUUCAAGAAGAAGAAGAAGAUGUUUCUCCUCCCAAGAAAUCUUCUCGCCAAAACAAGAAGCCAGUGAAUGCCUUUGCUGCAUUUGCUGAUGAGCAGGAAGAUGAAGAAGAAUCUGAAUUAGAAGAGUCAGUUGUUGAUGAAGACCCCAAAAAGAAAAAGAAGAAUGACAAAAAGACAGGUCGCAAGAAUGCUUUCGACAAUUUAAACGAAGACAUGGAUGAGAUGUCCUUGAAUGACGAGGAGAAAGAAGAGUCUUCUACUUCCAAGAAGGAAAAGAAAAAAUCGAAGAAGUCGGAUGAACCUAAGAAAGACCGCAAAACCCGCAAGAAAGAAGAAAAGACUCGAAAAAUGACUGCUCUUAUGGAGCCUAAGGAGGAAGACGAGACCGCCGGUAAGGGGCCUCUUAAUCAGAACCAAAAUUUGAAGGAUGGUUUACUUUCAGGACGCCUCAUUUUUGCCUAUGCUUCCGGGCAAAAAGUCUCCGCUGAUGGUUCUGACCCUUCAGCCGGUAUUACCGUUACCGGCAAUUUGCUCAGCCCUCCCAAUAGCCGUGAUUUGCAAGUAGAAAAAUUAUCUGUAUCCGCUUAUGGUAAACAUCUUAUUAAGGAUUCUGAACUUAGCUUAAUCAACGGUCGUCGAUAUGGUUUAAUUGCUCCAAACGGAACUGGUAAAUCUACUUUACUUCAUGCAAUUGCUUGUGGACAAAUCCCUGCUCCUCAGUCCUUAGACUUUUAUUUAUUGGAUCGUGAAUACAUGGGUAAUUCACUUACCUGCGUGGAAGCGGUUUUGGACAUAAAUGAACAGGAACGUAAGCACCUUGAAACCGUAAUGGAGGACCUACUCGAUGAUCCAGACAAGAAUGCUGUUGAGUUAGAUACUAUCCAAACUCGCUUAACUGAACUUGAAACUGAUAAUAGUGAGCAUAUUGUUUAUAAGAUCCUUAAAGGUUUGCAAUUUACCGAUGAAAUGAUAGCCAAGCGAACCGAAGAUUUGAGUGGUGGAUGGAGAAUGCGUAUUGCUUUGGCUCGUAUUUUGUUUAUUAAACCUACUCUUAUGAUGCUUGAUGAGCCCACUAAUCAUCUGGAUCUUGAAGCAGUUGCCUUUUUGGAAGAAUACUUGACUCAUGAAAUGGAAGGUCAUACUUUGUUGAUUACCUGCCAUACCCAAGAUACUCUUAAUGAGGUUUGUACUGAUAUUAUACAUCUUCACCAUCAAAGACUUGAUUACUAUGCUGGUAACUACGAUGUAUUUCUCAAGGUCCGUGGAGAACGUGAUGCGCAAUUAUCAAAGAAAGCUCGUCAACAAGAAAAAGACAUGGCUAAACUUCAAAAUAAACUAAACAUGACUGGAAGUGAUCAACAAAAGAAGGCCAAGGCUAAAGUGAAGGCUAUGGACAAACGUCUUGAAAAAGAUAAACAAUCUGGUAAGGUUCUAGACGAAGAAAUCAUUCAGGAAAAACAACUAGUUAUUCGCUUUCAGGAAUGUGGUGGUGGUAUCCCGUCUCCUGCUAUUAAAUUCCAAGAUGUUUCCUUUAACUAUCCUGAAGGCCCUACUAUCUUCUCUAAGUUGAACUUUGGUUUAGAUCUGAAUUCUAGAGUUGCUUUGGUAGGCCCUAAUGGUGCUGGUAAGACUACUUUGAUUAAAUUGAUCCUUGAGAAAGUUCAACCUACACUUGGAAGCGUUGUUCACCAUCACGGUCUUCGAUUGGCUUUAUUCAAUCAACACAUGGGUGACCAAUUGGACAUGAGGCUAUCUGCAGUAGAUUGGCUUCGUACUAAGUUUGGUAACAAACCUGAAGGUGAGAUGAGAAGAAUCAUUGGUCGUUAUGGCCUUACUGGUAAAAGUCAAGUCAUCCCUAUGAGUCAGCUUUCUGACGGACAACGUCGUCGUGUGCUGUUCGCUUUCCUUGGUAUGACUCAACCACACAUUUUACUUCUUGAUGAACCUACAAACGCUUUGGAUAUUGAUACCAUCGAUGCUUUGGCUGAUGCACUGAACAACUUCGAUGGUGGUGUAGUUUUCAUUACCCACGAUUUCCGUCUUAUUGAUCAGGUCGCUGAAGAGAUUUGGGUUGUUAAGGAUGGUACUGUGAAAGAGUUUGAUGGUGAAAUUCGUGAUUACAAGAUGAUGCUUAAAGAGCAGAUUGCUAAGGAUAGAGAAAGCGAAAAACAAGCGGAAUUGGCCAAACAAAAAAGUAAGGCUUUGAGAUGAUGGUUUCAGAUUCAUUUGAUAAUUCUCAUAAAGUUUUUGUUUAGUCGGUUGGUUUAUAAUUUAAAAAUAAAAAACAUCUAUUUAUCUUGACA